AUAAUAUUAAUUUGUUUUAGUUAAAAUAAAUAAAAUAAAAUAAAAAUGAACAGGAAUGAAAUUAAAAAAAGGAAUAUAAAUAAUAAACAACAAACGACAACAGGGAAUAAUAAAAAUAUAAAUAAUAACCAAAAUUUAAAUAAUAGUAACAAUAAUAAUAAUAACAACAAUGAAUCAACAACAGUUAGCUGGGCUAAAGAUUUUAUGAAUUGGAAUGAUGGAAAUUUAGAAAGAGAAAGGACACAAUUACAACAACAAAAAGAUCGUUGCUUUAAAGUUUUAAAAAAGAGUACAAUAGCCUGUAUACUGUUAUUAUUUAUAUCAUGCACAUUAAUUUAUGCAAUGACACAGUACCCAUCGGUAUCAGGUGGUGAUGCUGGCGAAUUAAUUAUUGUGGCUCAUCAAAUGGGUGUUGGUCAUCCUCCAGGUUACCCAUUAUUUACUUUUCUUGGUUAUUUAGUAUCACAUUUAUUCCCAUCAAAUAAUUUUUCAGUUGCAUGGAAGGUUUCAUUCAUGUCAUCAAUGGUUGGUUCUCUUGCAAGCAUUUUCAUUUAUUUAACUGUUUAUUUAUGGGUAAAUAACCAUUGGUGUGGUUUAUUAUCAGCAUAUAUGUUCACAUUUUCACCAUUGAUUUGGAUGUAUCAAAUUCAGGGUGAAGUAUUUUCAUUAAACAAUAUGUUUACAGCAAUGUUAUUAUUUUUAGGUGUUUGGUAUACAAGGGUUAGAAUAUUCGAAAAUGAAAGAUAUAAUACAGCAUUUUGGACAUCAGAAAGAAUUGCAUACCUAUGUGCAUUUAGUUGUGCAUUAGGUUUAACAAAUCAACAUACUUUGGUUUUGGUAGUUGUUCCAUUUGCAUUUUGGUUAAUGUUUAUAGCUGGAAGAGAUCAACUUUGGAAUAUGAGAAUUAUUACAAAUUUAGUUUUCUAUACAUUGUUUGGUUUAUCACCUUAUUUGUUAUUAAUCAUAUUACCAAAGUUAAAUAGGGUUAAAUAUUCUUGGGGUAACACAGCAACAUUACGUGGUUUUAUGAAACACUUUUUAAGAGAAGAAUAUGGUACCUUACAGUUAUAUGGGGGUGAUGGUGGUUCAAUUUCAUUAUUUGUGAAAAUCUACACAUAUUUUGAAAAUUUAAUUUUACAAUUUAAUUAUAUUGGUUUGGUUUUAAUCUUAAUUGGUAUAUUAAAUUUAUUGUUGGGUUAUAAUUUAAGAACAUUUAAAUGGAAAUCAUUUGGUACAAUGAUAAUAUUUUCAUUUUUAUUUUAUAUUACAUUUUUCUUUAAUUUAUGUAAUUUACCAAUCGAAAAACCAUUAUAUAAAGGUGUAUUUUUUAGAUUUUUUAUGCAACCAAAUGUAUUUUUAUCAGUAGCAAUGGGGUUGGGAUUAAGAACAGUUUUUCAAAAAGGUAGUGAAAAAUUAAGGAAAUAUUUAUUACCAAUUGUAGCAAUCGGAAUAUCAAUAUAUCAAAUUCAAAGCAACUAUUAUCUUCAAGAUCAAAGUAACAACUAUUCAUUCUAUGACUAUGGUCAUGCAAUUUUAGAUACUCUUCCAAGAAAUACACUUUUAUUAGUUGGUGGUGAUCUUUGUACAAAUGUGCCAAUGUAUUUAAACUUGGUCGAAAAAGUUAGACCCGACGUUGAUAUAGUCAGUAUGGAAAUUAUGAGUUGGGAAUGGUUCAAGGUUACACAGGCUCCACUAUUUAAUAGAAUUAUAUUCCCAGGCGAAGUUUAUCAUCCAUAUGUUCAAGGUGGUUAUUCAUUAAAAGCAUUUUUAGAUAGUAAUAUCCGUAAUAGACCAAUUUAUCUUGCUGGAGAUUUCAAGUCUGGUGAUAAUUCAUUCCAAAAGGACUAUUUCACUAUUAGCAAAGGUUUAACUGCUCAAAUUAUCCCAGUCAAAGAUUCAGAAAAUUAUAAUGUUUAUAAAAUAAUUAAAAAUACACUAAAACAUUUCCCAACUUUCGAUUUACCAACUGAUAUCGUCAAAUAUCCAGAAGACUCUUGGGAAUACUUUUUGGUUGGUGAAAUGGUUGUUAAUCUUGAAAGAGCAUCCGAAAAUCUUUUCAAAACCUAUUUAAAUCAAGAGUCUAAAGAAUCUCUUCAAGCUUUAGAAUUAACAUUAGAAAUUUUAUUAAAAUCCCUCAAACUUCAAGAGGACAGAUGCUGGUCAUUAAAACACAUCGGUAUUAGCUAUGAUCACUUACGUUAUAGAAUCCUUAAAGAUAAUAAUAAUGCAACAAAUCAAAAGCAGGCCGAAUACUAUUCCACCCAAUUAUUACAUUACUGGAAAAAAUAUAUAAAUCAAUGUUAUAAUGAUAGAGAUGGAGAUUGGGAUACUAUUAAAAAUGUAAUUCAACAUAUGUCAAAUUAAUAAUAAAAUAAUAAAGUAACACUAUUAUAAACAU